AUGAGUGUUGUUUACGGUUAUCGUAUACAGAAUAAGAAUAAGGAAUACAAUAAAUUGGCUCUUGUGGGAAUCAAUGCAUCACAGUCAGAGGAAAGCUAUUGGAAAUCCAUUUGGCCCAACACUCCUCUGCCCAAGGCUCUGUCGGAUUUGUUGUUGCCCGAGAGCGGAACCAAUGUACCCAUAAGAGGUGAAGAAAGUAAGCAGUAUUGGACAUUUUUUUUCGAACAUGACCUAUAUCCUGGAAAUAAAAUUAACUUAGGCAUUUGUGAAUGGAGAAAUGAAAAAAAUAAUUCUGAUGACAACACAAAAGAAAAAACAAGACAAUCUUUUGGAGCUCGCAUAUGGCCUAAGCAAUCAAGUGAUGCUUUUAAAUCUGGUGAUGAAAAAGAGCGACAACCUCUUACAACUCGCAUGUGGAAUGAAAAAGAGAGACAACCUCUUAUAACUCGUAUGUGGGGUGAAAAAAAGAGACAACCUCUUACAACUAGUAUGUGGGGUGAAAAAGAGAGACAACCUCUUACAACUCGCAUGUGGAAUGAAAAAGAGAGACAACCUCUUACAACUAGUAUGUGGGGUGAAAAAGAGAGACAACCUCUUGCAACUCGCAUGUGGAAUGAAAAAGAGAGACAACCUCUUACAACUGGCAUGUGGAAUGAAAAAGAGAGACAACCUCUUACAACUCGCAUGUGGGGCGAAAAAGAAAGACAACCUCUUACAACUCGCAUGUGGGGUGAAAAAGAGAGACAACCUCUUACAACUCGCAUAUGGGGUGAAAAAGAGAGACAACCUCUUACAACUCGCAUGUGGAAUGAAAAAGAGAGACAACCUCUUACAACUAGUAUAUGGGGUGAAAAAGAGAGACAACCUCUUACAACUAGUAUGUGGGGUGAAAAAGAGAGACAACCUCUUACAACUAGUAUGUGGGGUGAAAAAGAGAGACAACCUCUUACAACUCGCAUGUGGGGUGAAAAAGAGAGACAACCUCUUACAACUAGUAUGUGGAAUGAAAAAGAGAAACAACCUCUUACAACUCGCAUGUGGGGCGAAAAAGAGAGACAACCUAUUACAACUCACAUGUGGGAUGAAAAAGAGAGACAAGGGCUUGACAACUAUUGUAGAAGCCCAUCAGCUAUAGGAGAAGAUAAGUAUUGUGCACUAUCCCUAGAAUCAAUGGUAGAUUUUGCCAUUUCAAAGCUUGGGACCAACAUUAAGGUGAUUUCAAGUUCCUUUGCCAAAAAUAAGGACCAAUAUGUGGUGGAUGAAGUGAAAAAAAUUGGAGACAAAGUGGUGAUGUGUCAUAGAUUAAAUUUCAAAAAUGUUGUAUUUUAUUGUCACCAAGUUAAUGCAACUACAACUUACAUGGUGCCAUUGGUGGCUUUAGAUGGAACCAAAGCUAAGGCACUAACUGUCUGCCACCAUGAUACAAGAGGUGUGGAUCCUGAUGUGCUCUACGAAAUUCUCAAAGUCAAGCCUGGAACUGUCCCUAUUUGCCAUUUUGUUGGUAACAAGGCCAUUGCUUGGGUACCCGAUAGUGAUGUGAAUGAUCAUCCUUGUGUCAUUUAAAUGCUAUUUGGUUAUCCUAUAUUUUACUUUCCAAGUCUUGCAUAGGGAGGCAUAUGAUAUGAUGCAUGUGCAAGUGUCAAAUCUUAUGCAUAACUCAUAUGAGUUUUAUCUAUCUAAGUUUUCUAAAUAAAACUAGUUCUAAACUAAUUAGAACUAUUGGUGAGAACAUAAGGUUCUUGUGUCUUUGAUGUUAAGAAAUUUCUAUCCUUGUUAGGGUUGAACUAAAUUUGCCAAUCACAAA